UAUUUAUAGCAUGGGAAAAAAUGUUCCAAGUACGGUACCACUAUUAAUACUUUUUCCAAGUUUCAAAGCUUGUAGGGCCUCUUUUAAAGCGCCGAAGAUCUACUCAAAGUUACCAAAUAAUAUGAGUGUGAUGAUUUAGUCUUUGCAAAACUUUAUCAUGUGAAUUAACACAUCAGAUUCUGAAUUUCGAAUGGGGUCACAGGUCAUAUCUGUCUGUAUUUCCUUGUAUAAAAUGACAGCCAUUCACGCGCCUCAUAGACGUUUCCACUAAUCAUUAACUCCGAGAAAGAGCUAACCAAGUAGAGCAAGGGAUAAGCACAGCCAAAAUAUAGGUACCCCAAAUGCAGCUCUCUUAUGGAGGAGCCUUUCAUCUCUCUCCUUCAUUUCCUGUCUAUAAGGCCAACUUGAAGACUCGCUCAGUAACCCAAAAAGGCUAAAGAAGCAAAGCCUUCACUAAGAUGGGUGCAUGCUCAAGCAAAGAUGGGAGUGAGAUCUGUGAUGAUGAUGUUAGAGGAUUGAAAGAAAAGGUAAGGUUACUUAGAGAAGAAGUGAGGGGUGUAAUGUCUGAGAUGGAUAAGGUGACUAAAGCUCAUGAGAAAGACAAGAUGGUUUUUGCAUUUAAGGAGGCAGGUUGGAAAUCUGAGAAAAAGAGACUCAAAGAGGAGGUGAAGAUGUUGAGGAAGAGGGUAAAUGAGAGGAUUACAGAGAUUGAAGAGAGAAAUUUUGGAGAUAAGACUGCAACAGAGCGAAAGAUGGAGGGAACUCCAAAUAUCAUCUUUGGGCAGAUACAACAAGAAAGAGCACACAGAGAUGAAGCCAUUGAGAAGUGGAAGCAGCUUUACCACGCUAUCAAGAUUGAGCUUGAUGACCUAAUUCAGAGGACACAUAAUGGAGAUGGAUUAUACUGGGGAGCAACUGAGAGGACAGACGCACUACGAACAGAAUUACAAGCAAAGGAGGAGACAAUAAAAGCCCUCAAAGAACGAUUAGUUUCAAUGGAGCAAGAAAAAUAUAAGAGGAACAGAGAUAUUGACAUACUGAGGCAAAGCUUGAGAAUUAUGACCAGUAAGAAGGAACAGCAGCUAGGAACUUUCCAUAAAUGCGUCUGUAAGUAACCUGCCAAUGAAUUGGGCAAGAAAACAAAAUUUUCAAUACCAUAUUAGAAUGAUGAACAAAUAAUGAAAUGCCGAUUGAAUGUGUUUUGUAAAGAUUGUUACCUCUGCACCCCCACCCUUCAUUUCAACCCAAUGGUCAUUCUCAUCAUCAUUUUGUUGACAUGGUCCAAAGGUAAACACAUUUUUGUUCCUUA